AGAGACCAUCCGUUGCCACUUGUUACAGCCACAGGCCGGCCGGAGGCAGAGGAGCACAAGCCGCCAACGCCUCCGCGGUCGUCGUACGCAGCCUCACGCGUCCCAUUUGCAUCAGCCAUCUCCGAGCGCCGCUGGCUGAGCCAUUCAUCGUCCAACAGGGAGCACGGGGAAGUUGUCCAGUCUCCCUCUCCUCCCGCUGGUGGACGGACGAAUCCAAUUCGGCAUCGCGUAUAUGCUGCCUUUCGUGUUUCGUCCUCGCCUCCUCUCUAUAUCAGCGCCAUCUUCACGCACCAGCAGCACCAGCGCCAGCGCCAGCGACAGUGUAGGCUUCAGCGGAAGAGAGGAGAGGAAGAAGAGGCGCACCUGCACUUCUUGGAGGAUGAGCGCGGCUACUCCAGCGCCGGCAGCCAUGCCGGCCGGCAGUGGCAGCUCUCUGUCGAAGCUGGCGCCGCUGGAAGCCAUCCUGUUCGACAUCGACGGCACCCUCUGCGACUCCGACCCCAUCCACUUCUGCGCCUUCCGCGAACUCCUGCAGCAGGUUGGUUUCAAUGAUGGCGUUCCCAUCACCGAGGAGUUCUACAGCGCCACCAUCAGCGGGGGGCACAACGACGACCUUGCAAGGGCGCUGUUCCCGGACAUGGAUCACGAGAAGGCGAUGAAGUUCAUGGAUGACAAGGAAGCGUUGUUCAGAAAGUUGGCACCAGGACAGCUGAAGGCUGUGGAUGGACUGCACGAUCUAUGCAGAUGGGUAGAAGACCGCAACCUGAAGCGCGCAGCGGUGACAAACGCUCCAAGGGCCAACGCCGAGCUCAUGCUAUCGCUUCUUGGGCUCACCGACUUCUUCCCGGCGCUCAUCAUCGGAAGCGAGUGCGACAGGGCCAAGCCGUUCCCUGAUCCUUACCUCAAAGCCCUUCAGCUCAUCGACGCAUCGCCUGAGCACACCUUCAUAUUUGAAGUAUGCAGGACUCUGCGUCGGGGAUCCGAGCUGGUGUGGCUGCAGGCGUGCCUGUGGUUGGUCUCACGACGAGGAACCCUGAGAAGGCGCUGAAUGAUGCAGGAGCGAGCUUGCUGAUAAAAGAUUUUCAGGAUCCAAAGCUGCUGUCCGUGCUUGAAGAACUCGAACCCACGGCUGCAGGAUCGUUGCAGACGUAGAAAGGGCAUAUCCUUUGCCAGUGUCAGCGACUCAGCGGUUCGUUCACAGAGAUGAAUGAUUCUGCAGUUACCUUGCACGAUAGAAUAACUCUGGUUUCCCGGUUGGAAAUUGGAAGCAGGGAUUUCAAUUUCGUUUUAUAAUUUUUCUCGUUCAUCGGCGAAAAGACCGAAAUUCGUGAAACAUUUUUCGUCCUCUUC